AUGGCCUUGGAUCCAGAGGAGACUGCCAUCGUCGCUUACCACCUCCUAUUAUUCUAUUACUCUCAACGGGAGCUCUCUGUGGGCGGCGAUGCUAUUAAUGCCUUUGCUGGCAUGUUGCGAUUCCUCAGCGAUCGACUCCACACGAGCAUUCUCGAAGGACUGUUAACAUCGACUUUUGACAUCAGCAUUCUGUACUAUGGCUCUGGUCUUAAACGGCGCUCAGAAUUCCCUAGUUAUUCAUGGGCUGGCUGGUCGGGAGCCGUAGACUGGCCACAAUGGAACUUUGAUCCAAAGUUUCAGAGUACGGAGUCGAUAUUUGCAACUGAGUGGCUUGAUACACGAACAUGGAUUGUGUGGUCAGCGAUGACUCCGGAUGAAGCCCUGCAGCUACUGGAUAUCGGGCUGAAAUCUGCCGCUGCAACCAAUGAGAAUUAUGUCGGCUAUCGCAAUCGCUGUCAUCCACUACUCACACGGGGCAAUGUGCCAAAUCCGGGGGCGACACCUGCGGCUAUGUGA